AUGUCGCUCCUGGGGACAAUUAACCCCAAUGUCGUCGAGUCGACCACCGAAUCGGUGACCGUCUCGCGCGAGAUGCUUCGCCACGACCCGGCUGCCAGCGUGAGCACCGACGAAACCGCGCUGGAAAAGUCCAAUGAAAUUGGCGACGAAGAGGCUGUUGAAGCCGAGGUCACUCGUCUCGCUCGGCACCUGACCCGUGAAUCUACUCGCUUUGUCGAUGGCGAAAACACUUUCCUCGAUGCGAAAGAGGACUCCGCACUGAACCCGCACAGCCCUAACUUCAAAGCCCGCGAUUGGAUGAAGAACCUGCUGGCUAUCACCUCUCGUGACCCCGAACGCUAUCCUCAACGCCAGGCCGGUGUUUCUUUCCGCAACCUCAGUGUCCACGGCUACGGUAGCCCUACGGACUACCAGAAGGAUGUGUUCAACUCUGUUCUGCAAAUUGGCGGUCUGUUCCGCAUGAUGACCGGCUCCGGCAAGCAGAAGAUUCAAAUUCUACGUGAUUUCGAUGGACUGGUGAAGAGUGGCGAGAUGCUUGUCGUCCUGGGUCGUCCUGGUUCCGGUUGCUCGACUCUCUUGAAGACGCUGGCCGGCGAGAUGAAUGGUAUUCACAAAGACGACAAGUCCACAAUGAACUACCAGGGUAUUUCCGACAAGAAGAUGAAGAACCAAUUCCGUGGUGAAGCUAUCUACACUGCCGAGACCGAUGUGCACUUCCCUCAGCUGUCCGUGGGCGACACUCUGAAAUUCGCCGCUCUGGCGCGUACCCCCCGCAACCGUCUGCCGGACGUCACUCGCGAGCAGCACGCCGAGCACAUGCGUGACGUCGUUAUGGCCAUGCUGGGUCUCUCGCACACUAUUAACACCCGUGUUGGAAACGACUUUGUGCGUGGUGUCUCCGGUGGUGAGCGCAAACGGGUCUCGAUCGCCGAGGCAACUCUUUGCGGAAGCCCCCUGCAAUGCUGGGACAACAGUACCCGUGGUCUGGACAGUGCCAACGCCCUGGAGUUCUGCAAGACCCUGAACUUGAUGUCUAAGUACUCCGGUACUACCUGUGCCGUUGCUAUCUACCAGGCUUCUCAAAGCGCCUACGAUGUCUUCGACAAAGUCACCGUUUUGUACGAAGGCCGACAGAUCUACUUCGGCCACACCGGCGAUGCUAAAGAGUUCUUCACCAACAUGGGCUUCGAAUGCCCCGAGCGUCAAACUACCGCCGACUUCCUGACUUCGCUCACUAGCCCCUCGGAGCGCAUUGUUAAGAAGGGCUACGAGGACCGCGUUCCUCGUACUCCUGACGAGUUUGCUGAGGCUUGGAAGACUAGCGAAGCAUACAAGCAAUUGAUGAGGGAGAUUGAGGAGUACGACCAGACCUACCCCAUUGGUGGUGAGUCGCUGCAGAAGUUCAUCGAUUCUCGCCGAGCUAUGCAGGCCAAGAGCCAGCAUGUCCGCUCUCCCUAUACACUCUCCGUCAUGCAGCAAAUCAACCUCUGCAUGGUUCGUGGCUUCCAACGUCUCAAGGGCGAUGCCAGCUUGACCCUGUCCCAACUCAUCGGUAACUUCAUUAUGGCUCUUAUCAUUGGCUCCGUCUUCUUCAACCUUCAACCCACCACCGAUAGUUUCUACUCUCGCGGUGCUCUUCUUUUCUUUGCUGUCCUCCUUAACGCCUUCUCCAGUGCACUUGAGAUUCUGACCCUUUACGCGCAACGACCCAUUGUUGAAAAGCAAGCACGCUACGCUAUGUACCAUCCCUUCACCGAAGCCGUCGCUUCGAUGCUGUGCGAUAUGCCAUACAAACUGCUCAAUACGGUGACGUUUAACGUGACGCUCUACUUCAUGACCAAUCUCCGCCGCACUCCUGGCGCCUUCUUCACCUUCCUGCUCUUCUCUCUCGUGACUACCUUGACUAUGUCCAUGAUCUUCCGCACUAUCGCUGCCUCUUCGCGAACCCUCUCCCAGGCUCUGGUCCCUGCGGCUAUCCUGAUUCUGGGUCUGGUUAUCUACACUGGCUUCACCAUCCCGCCCACCAACAUGCUUGGCUGGUCCCGAUGGAUGAACUAUAUUGAUCCGAUUGGAUACGGUUUCGAGUCGCUCAUGGUGAACGAGUUUCACAAUCGUUGGUUCACGUGCAAGGAUGAAUCGUUUGUUCCUUUCUACGGACCUACACUUGCGAACAAGGUCUGUAACACCAAGGGUGCACGUGCUGGCCAGGGUGAUGUUUUCGGUGACGACUAUCUCCACGACAGCUUCCAGUACUACAACAGCCACAAGUGGCGCAACCUGGGUAUCAUGUUUGCUUUCAUGAUCUUCUUCAUGGCUACCUACCUCAUUGCAACUGAGUACAUCUCCGAGUCCAAGUCCAAGGGCGAAGUUCUGCUUUUCCGCCGUGGACACGCUCCCAAGAACAUGAAGUCCGAGGAUGAUAUUGAGGGCACCCAACCUGUCAGCCCCGCUGAGAAGACCGAUGAGACAAGCAGCCAGGAGGUCACUGCUGGUAUUCAGCGUCAGACUGCUGUUUUCCACUGGCAGGACGUGUGCUACGACAUUAAGAUCAAGAACGAAGAACGCCGUAUUCUGGAUCACGUUGACGGUUGGGUCAAACCUGGUACCUGUACUGCUCUGAUGGGUGUGUCUGGUGCCGGAAAGACCACACUGCUUGAUGUGCUUGCUACUCGUGUCACUAUGGGUGUCGUCUCUGGUGAGAUGCUUGUUGACGGACGUCUCCGCGACCAGUCUUUCCAGCGUAAGACUGGUUACGUUCAGCAGCAGGAUCUUCACUUGUACACCACCACCGUCCGUGAAGCUCUCCGCUUCAGUGCCCAGCUUCGCCAACCCGCCGAUGUCCCCCGUCAAGAGAAGCUCGACUAUGUUGAGGAGGUUAUCAAGCUCCUUGGUAUGGAAGCCUACGCUGAUGCCAUCGUCGGUGUUCCCGGUGAAGGUCUCAACGUCGAGCAGCGCAAGCGUCUCACUAUCGGUGUUGAGUUGGCUGCCAAACCCCAGCUUCUUCUCUUCCUUGACGAGCCUACUUCCGGUCUUGACUCCCAGACUUCAUGGUCAAUUCUUGAUCUCAUCGACACCCUGACCAAGCACGGCCAGGCCAUUCUCUGCACUAUCCACCAGCCUUCGGCCAUGCUUUUCCAGCGUUUCGAUCGUCUUCUGUUUCUUGCCAGGGGUGGUAAGACCGUUUACUUCGGAGAUAUCGGCGAGAAGUCCUCCACUCUCUCAAGCUACUUCGAACGCAACGGUGCCCCUAAGCUGCCUGUUGAGGCCAACCCCGCUGAAUGGAUGCUGGAAGUUAUUGGUGCUGCCCCUGGUUCUCACAGCGAUAUUGACUGGCCCGCCGUCUGGCGCGAGAGUCCUGAGCGCAAGGAGGUGCACAACCACCUGGCGCACUUGAAGUCGACACUGUCUCAGAAGUCUGUGGAUGAGUCUUCCAGUGACCCUGCCAACUACAAGGAAUUCGCCGCGCCCUUCUCCGUCCAACUCUGGGAGUGUCUGGUCCGUGUAUUCAGUCAGUACUGGCGCACCCCGGUUUAUAUCUAUUCUAAGGCCGCUCUUUGCAUCCUCACUGCUCUCUACAUCGGUUUCUCUUUCUUCCACUCGAAGAACAGCGCCCAAGGUCUCCAGAACCAGAUGUUCAGUAUUUUCAUGCUGAUGACUAUCUUUGGUAACCUGGUCCAGCAAAUCAUGCCUCACUUCUGUACCCAGCGAUCUCUCUACGAAGUCCGUGAGCGUCCCUCGAAGACCUACUCUUGGAAGGCCUUCAUGACCGCCAACAUCCUCGUCGAGCUUCCCUGGAACACUCUCAUGGCCGUCUUCAUCUUCGUCUGCUGGUACUACCCAAUUGGACUAUACCGUAACGCUGAGCCUAACGAUGCAGUCCACGAGCGAGGCGCCCUGAUGUUCCUCCUCAUCUGGACCUUCCUUCUCUUUACCUCGACCUUCGCCCACAUGAUUAUCGCAGGUAUCGAACUCGCCGAGACAGGUGGUAACCUGGCCAACUUGCUCUUCUCCCUCUGCCUGAUCUUCUGCGGUGUCCUCGCCACUCCCGAGAAGAUGCCCGGCUUCUGGAUCUUCAUGUACCGUCUCUCGCCAUUCACCUAUCUCGUCUCUGCAAUGCUUUCGACCGGUGUAUCAGGUACAAAAGCCGAAUGCAGUGCCGUCGAGUACCUCUCCAUUCAGCCGCCCUCCGGCCAGACCUGCUUCCAAUACAUGGAACGAUACAUGUCCCAGUAUGGCGGCUACCUCCAGAACGAGGAGGCCACUUCCAACUGCUCCUUCUGCUCCAUCUCCAGCACCGAUGCUUAUCUUGCGCAGGUGGGCAGUUAUUACAAGGAUGCUUGGCGCAACUUUGGCUUCAUGUGGGUGUACAUUAUUUUCAACAUUGCCGCUGCGGUAGGCAUUUACUGGCUUGCUCGUGUGCCCAAGGGCAGCCGGAGCAAGAACUAA